UUCAUCUUAUACCAUAAUUUAAUUGCUUGGCUACCGAGUGUUGUUCUACAUAACAUGAGUCUUCACCGAUCGUCUUUAUUGCUGACGAUUAAUUUUAAUUACCUAGUGACAACGCUUGUUUAAAAUGUAGUUAGGUGUAAUUACUGUUAUCAGUUCUAGAACGCGGUCAGAAUACACUCAGUUUCGUGUAUUUGUUCAGAUGCAUAUUAAUAGCUGUUCUCAGAGAUGACAGCAGCCAACAACUAGGAUCGCAUUCAAGUGCUGGCAGACCUAUUGGGAUCUGCUUCGGUCACGUGACGUUUUUUCUGAAAAAAAACCAGAUAUUAUGUUAUUGGUUUAGGGUGUGUUACUGGUGUAAACAUAAAGCAAAAAAAGGAUUACAAAUAGCAGAGCGAGACCGUUGCAAACGUUGCGUUCUAACCUUGGCAUUACAUCUUCGUCGUGAUUUACUGUAUACAGAGAGUCGUAUAAUCGAGCUAAAUUUAGCCAACGUUGUGCCAGUCAUUCUUGUUGAUUGUGUAUUGUUAGAAGCUCAUAGCACAGACUAUCCGGGAAGUGUAACCAACCCAUCGAUCGAAAUUAUUUCAUACGCUGAACGCUUGUUAAACAACCUGGGCUAACUGUGCUGGUUCUUCCCGAAUGGCAUUAAACGCCUCUCACUGUCCAUCUGAAUAGACGCGUACAGUUCUCGACUGUUUGUGCUUUCCUGUAUUGAUUCAGCACUUGCCGUCGUUAGGCAUCAUUUGAAUAUAGAAACGCAGUAACAACUUUGUCAUUCACAAUGUCUGGCGAUAACGUCGAAAUGUGUACGACGUUCGGCGGAUGUGAGGGCCCCGACGCUAUGUACGUGAAACUCAUCUCAUCUGACGGACACGAGUUUUUCAUUAAACGAUGUCACGCGUUGACGUCGGGAACAAUCAAGGCGAUGCUGUCCGGACCCGGUCAGUUCUCCGAGAACGAAACUAAUGAAGUUAACUUUCGUGAGAUUCCUUCUCACGUCCUACAAAAAGUCUGCCAGUACUUUACUUAUAAGGUGCGCUAUACAAAUUCGUCAACAGAAAUUCCCGAAUUCCCCAUCGCACCCGAAAUCGCCUUGGAACUUCUUAUGGCGGCAAACUUCCUUGAUUGUUGAAUAGAUCGUCAUCCGUAUAAUAUUAUUGUUGUUAAUAUUUCCAUUAUAUGGCAAACAAACCACAAUCAUUUUUUUCAAGCUUUUAGAAUUAGAGCGACGCACUGUUUUGUCAUAGAAUGAAACGGCAAAUAGUGAGGUACGAUAUAGUUGUUUAUUUUGUUUCUUCAUGAAAAAUUUAUAAUGUUUUCUCGCGUUUCCAAGUCAGUUAAUAUGUGUCUUAAUGUACACCGAUUAAAAAGCGACUUAAGAGGAAAUUUGCAUCCUGGAACUUUCCCUUAAAAAAUUUUGAAACAAACUUUGCAAGUCACUGCCCACCACCGAUGGUUGUGGGCAAAACACACCCGUUGAAUCUCGUCGAUUAGACAUCAGAGAUAUCUCGAGUGUGCAAGAUGUUGAUAUGUUUAUAUCGUUGUCGAGCUCCUUUGGGCUUCGCCAACUCAAGCUAUAUAUCACAAGCGUACGAAAAAAAAACUCUAAUAAGGGACAAAUAUGUGUGAGAUUGGUCUCUUGGAGUAAAAAUAAUACGCAUGAAAUAAAGCCAAAAAUAUUCUUCUGUGGUA